UGUUCGAUAGCGUUCAUGGCAACUAAAGGAAAAUGUAUCUGUUUCUCUUCUCAGUUUAUUUCCUCUCAGUAAUUACAGCUACAGUUGCCGAAUAUUGUACCGCCAGUUCUAACCUAUUUUACUGUGAGUAUGGCUGCUGUGGGAACUCCUGCUGCCCAAAUGAGGUAGCUAUUGGUGUGGGGACGACUUUUGGGGGGAUUGUUUUGUUGAUAAUCGCUGGAGGAGUGUUUAUUUGCUGUAUACAGAGAAGGUACAACCCCAAGGAGGCUGUCAAGUUUACCAAGGACGCACAGACGCAGUGGGAAAAAGCUCCAGUUGGUAUAAACAGGCAAGCUACAGCAGAUAACAACCCCAAAAAACGUCGGUCUACCGUAGCACCACUCCCCCCACCUACCUUUGCCCUAAGACAACAAACCAAAAUAGAAGAAGUUGAAGAACAGUCGGAAAAUACGGGAAAUAAUCAACAGAAUCAACCAAUCGACAACCCGGUGUGAUGACGUUAUUUAUCACGUGACAACAGUGCCAUAUAAAAUACCAGUAUAUAUUGUGCCAAAACGUACUGAAUUCUACGUGUCAAAAAAACAAUACAAAGCUUUAUAUGCCAUUUGAAGUGGGUAUUUUCAUGGUGUAUGAUGUGAUCGUUGGAAUGGUUCCGAUAUAUCGUAAGAAUGAUAAACAAUCAUUGUAUUUAGAUCAUUUGACUGAUAUUAUUGGAUUUUAAUUUUUACUCACUGAAGGAUUUUAUGUUUUGAAUGCUAAGUAGUUUUUUAUGCCCCCAUAAUCGAAGAUCGGGGGCAUAUAGUUUUUGCACUGUUUGUCCGUCCGUCUGUCUGUCUGUCUUUUUGUUCGCAAAAACUUUUACCUUGUCUAUAACUUUUGAUUGGUUGGAGCUAUGGCUUUCAUAUUUCACAUGUGUAUUUCUUGUAACAAGACCUUUUUUGGGUACCAACAUAUUUUACCUUUUGGCCUUGGAGUUUGACUCUCUUUUGCAAAAUUUACCUAACUUUAACCUUGGCCAUAACUUUAGAACAGUUGGUGCUAGGACUUUCAUACUUCACAUGUAUAUUCCUUGUGAGAACUCCUUUCUUUGGGUAUAAAUAUUUUUGACCUUGACCUUGGAAUUUGACCCACUUAAAAAAAAAUAAUAACCUUGCCCAUAACUUAUGAACAAUUAAUGCUAGGGUUUUCAUAUUUCACAUGUACAUGUAUAUUCCUUUUGACAAGACCUUCUAUUCAACUUCAACAAUUUUGACCUUUGACCUUGGAAUUUGACCUACUUUAAAAAACUUACCUUGGCCAUCAUUUUUGAACUGUUUGUGCUAUGACUUUCAUAUUUUACAUGUAUAUUUCUUGUGACAAGACCUUCUCUUGGGUACCAACAGAAGGACUUUUUUCCUUGACCUUUGAGUUUGACCUACUUUUGAAAAACUUUAAUCUUGUCCAUAACUUUUGUAUGGUUAUUGCUAUAGGGCUUUCAUAUCUCGCAUGUGCAUUUCUUUUGACAAGACCUUCCCUUGAGCACCAUUACUUUUGACCUUGACAUUUUACUUUCUUUUGAAAAAAAACUUUAAGCAUUACUUUUCAGCGGUUGGUGCUAGGGUUUUCAUUUUCACAUGUAUAUUCCUUGAGGCAGGACUUUUCUUUGGGUAACAACAUUUUUGAUCUCUGGACUUUGACUUGCAUUUGAGAAACAUUAACCUUAGCCAUAAGCUGCCAUACGGGGGCAUCAGUGUUUCACAAACACAUCUUGUUUUAUCAAUACUAAUUUUCAUGCAAAUUUAUUAGACGUACUUUUUAUAGUAUUCAUAGUCAUAAUAAACAUCAAAACAUUUUGACUUAUAUGUGAAUCAAAUGAAUUAUUUCCCUGUCAUAAAUUAUAUUUUGCC